UCAGAGCACGAUACAUCCAUGCUGACACAGAAAGGCGGUUAUGACUUGGAUGUAAACACCCAGAGCACAAUACAUCCAUGCUGACACAGAAAGGCAGUAAAGACUUGGUGGUUAACAGCCAGAGCACAAUACAUCCAUGCUGAGUUGCUGACACAGAAAGGCAGUAAAAACUUUGUUGUAAACACUAACAGAUCCAUACAUCCAUGGGGUGUGCCACAGACGCAAAUUAUGCCCACCAUUUUGAACAAGGUGCUUAAAGUUAACACGUCUGGUUUCUGUUAUGAGCACUUAGCACUCCGAGCCUAAAAGGCCUCACAUUGAAUUGAUGCAAGAGAAGGCUUUGAAAAAUAACAGCAGUUUUGUUUUGUGGUCCAGUACGCCCUUCGACUCUCAACCUUAAGAAAGCAGAACUCAAACUCGGCUCUUAGCAAUAUCAGCAAGGCCAGCAUAUCAUCUCAGCUUCUUGAGCUUCAGUGAACUUAACUAGCAAACAUGACAAACGUCAUUGAAGUGAAAGUCGAUGACAACCCCCUUUUUGCACAAAUACUACAAUUGCUUAAGAAAAUCAGCACCAAGACAUCUUGCGUCAGACUACCAAGCCUCCUAUCAAUAUCUCCUCCCAUGUUGGCUACAUCAACACUUCCAACAGCAGAGCCUUGGUGAGUUCACUUCCGUCUCGGCAUCGAUGUCGCUUAGCAACAAUUGGAUGAUGGGCGUCGACAAAUUAGGCCGGACACGUCGCUCAAAUUGAAAUGAUCUGAUCCAACAGGUAGAGCAGGCGUUGCGUGACACGUCCGUUAAUGUGACUGACCUCGAUAUGUUGUUCUUGAAUAAUGUGAACCUUAGGCCUGGAGAGCAGUAUGCGAUUGACGCCAUUCAACAAAAGUUGUUCUUGGCAAUUCUCAGGUUUGGGGUGGCGACUUCAGUGUCAGGACUUGCUCCAUCUCUGUCUAUGGCCCAGUCGCAGCAGCAGCAGCAGCAGCAACAAGAACAAUAAAGCCUGUUCCUACAGGAACCCAUGCAAUCAUAGAUCGGUACCUAGCUGAACAACAGGCUGUCUGGUCAGCUGGGCCCAGACGCCCAGUGACACUUCCUGGCCCAGGACCUUGGGGGAAAUGCUCAACUAGUCCUACCUGCAGGAUAGAGCCACACUGAACCUGGGGCUCCAUACUUUCUUGGCCAUGGGCCAAGAUAUCCUCAUCAAUAAGAGGUCUUAUACUCACAAGUUCAAGCCCAGUGAGCGAUGUUCACAUUAUCAAACUCUGCAUCUCAAUAGAAACCCGGAUAUCAAAGCGUUGAGCUUGUUCUUGAAGCAUUUGCACCAGCAACAGUCAUCAUCUCGAGUUACUGGCAUCUCUAUGGUGUGGAACCCUCCGUCUAUGAACAUCAUAACAGCACAUGAGCCAGUGGCAGUCAUCAUCUCAAGAUUCUGGUAUAUCCAUGGUGCAGGACCCUCGGUCUGUAAAGAUCAUGCAGAGCGAACCUCAGAUGCCAUUUGACGAAAUCAAACCAUCCAAUCAGAAACACAGCCUGUUGCAGCAGUUGUGACCAUAUUGACCCCAGUCAAACCUAAGAAGUCCAUAGAUACAUACUUUUUAGAUGUGCUAGUCUCUACGUACCUCCUGGUUUGUUCAGCACUUACUCUGACUCUUUGAAUUUUAUGACGGGUGAAAAUGAAUGACCUUGUUCAGUUCGAAAUGGCAAAAUGACACAUCACAACAAUUCAAGUGGAAAGCCAGAACGUAUGUCAACAGCCACAUUUUGUAUGUGUAACAGCCAAGUUGUGUUCAAAGAAAAACAAUAGUUUACGUUUUAUUUUUUAUGUGACCAACCAAGUUGUAUUCAAAGAAAAAACAAUAGUUCAUGUUUCAUGGGAAUUAUGCUGUCAGUCUCUUUAUGUUGAAAGUUU